CAGUACUUUCUACAGUAGCCUAACUCUGUCGCUCAAUUCACAAACUUUCUUGUAUAAUUGUACCAACCUUUUCUGUCGCUCAUUCACGCCCUUUUUUGUGUGCACGGUACUUGUGAACUUUGGACUGCAUUGAUCUAUGAUUACAGAAGGCAAAACAAAGUUUUUCAAAUACUAGAAAUCGAAACUGAGAGAAGCAACUUCGGGGAAAGGAUGAAUGAGUGAGACAUCUACCCAGUGCCAUUUGACAUCUACCCAGUGCCAUGGCCUCUGCCCUAAGCCAUCUCUCUCCAAUGUCUGUAAGAGUGAGAGAAGGAUGGAGUGAUGAUGGAAGAGGAGAGGAGCAGGUGGAGGAUGAAUUUGCGUGUUCUGGAGCGCUACGCGGUGCCCUGUGGUCCUUCCAUCCCUCAGUGGAGAGGAUUUUUGGGGUGUCUUUUACGAUCGGUAGAGAGGAGGAUGCUGUGUUACCCCAUGAUGGACAGAUCUGGCUCAAACUAAAAGGAGUGAGGAAGGACGCUGUGGCUGCCAAAUUGUUUGUGAAGGGAGUUGUGAACCAGGAGGCCCAGCACGAGGUUCCAUAUCCAGGUGUCCUUCACUGUGUGUUCUGUGGAGCACGAGGGCUGUUCAUGGAGUGCCUGAUCAGAAACACCUCUGCUUACAUACUGGUGGGUUCCCCAGGCUUCCUGCUCAUCUCAGGACUGGCAGAACCAGUGGUCAGGGCCUAUUCCCUCAUCACAGACCUGGUGAAGAACUACGAGGUCACCCAGGGACGAAGAACCGAGCCUGGCGACAGAGGAUCAGGCGAGACCCUAGAUUCCCGUCGGGCCUUCAAAUCCCUGGUGGAGAGAUGGGAGGACAGGCACACUUUGGAUCUGCUGGUGCUGCCAGGGGUGGUGAAGGAGACUCUACUGGAUCUGGUGAGGGAGUCUGGGCUGGGAUCCAACCCCGGUCCUGGGGGCUCGAACCUCAGUCUUGGGGGGUCUAGAGACAGAGUGGGUCUAAUGGACACUGAUAGCCAGAGACGAUGGGACAGCCAGUCAGGCUUGGACAUACUAACACUUAUGGAUACCAGAGUAGGGACCAGAGCUGGAGAGGCUAGGGACAUAGAGGGAAUGCAGGGGAUUUCCACAUCAAGGAGAAAACCUCCUGUAAAUUCCACCCACAACCAAGACCCUGGUCUACGGAAUAUUGGGCAGCUUUCUCAACAAAAUAUGUUCACUACCUUACAUGUACAAGAAAGAGAGAUGGGCAAAGAUUGGUCACAGGGAGGGAUAGAGAAAGACGCAGCAUCUCGACUUCCCAUCUUCCACUCUAUCCUCCAAACCGAGGAGGAGGGGCAAGGACGUUCCCAACCGGAGGUAGAGGAUGAGGAACAGGGGGAGGAAGGAGAGGGAGAGAUGUUGUCAGUAGGGAGUAGGGAGGAGUUUGGGCUCUUGCUGAAGUUCUUCACGGCUAUGGGCUAUGCAGAAGAUGUGGUAAUGAGGGUCCUGGCCCGGACCGGACCCAGAGAAGCCUCCCAGAUUCUGGACCUGGUCCAGCAAGAACAUGACCAGACCGGUCUGGCCAUGAACCGCCCAGUGGAGAUGGAGCACACAGAGGUGGAGGGGAGGGAAGGUAAAGGAGUGAGAGGAAAGAGAAGCGGUAUAGAUGGAGGGAUGGGAGUGGAGCUGGAGGGAGGUGUGGAAGAAGGGGCGAGGAGUAGAGAGGAGGGGAGAAAAGGCAGGGAGAGUGGAGGGUCUACCGCUAACCUGUCUGAGGAUUCACUGAAGGAAGGCAGGGAGAGGGGCGAGGGCGGCAUGGAGGGAGGCGAAGGGUGGAACGAGGAGGAUUUUGUCCUGGGAGUUGUGAAGAGGGCUGCCGCCAGUUGUGGAUACACAGAGGAGAAGGUAGCAGAAGUGUACAGUAUGUUACCUGAACUGUCCACACGCCAGCUACUCCUGGAGCUACAGAGGGAGGGAGCCAGAGAGACAGAAGCUGCUUCCCAGGACCAGGUACGAGACGAACCAAGAGAGGUGGAUGAGGUUGUCUCAGAGCUACAGAGAAAGGACAGAGCAGGAGACAGGAAGGAGGAGAGAGGUAGAGAGAUGGAGGCACCAGCACCGCAGUCAACUGCUACUGAGAAGAGAGGAGAAGAAAGAAAGAGUGUGAAAGGAAAGAGUGACAGGAAGACCAAUGAGGUAGGAGUGACCGCACGGAACCGAAUCGUCGAUGGUACAGUUAAGGUUGAACCCGAUCUGGCUCAAUGGAAUGCCAUGACAAACCAGAUUCCGUUCCCGAUUCACAGUCACCAGAAGAAUCCCACACAGACACACACCGCCCAUCGAGCCAGCCCCCCUUUAGUCAGAGGGCCGCCUCAGCCCACCUACCCCAACACACUACCCCCACAACCCACCUACCCCAACACAGUAUCCCCACAACCCACCUACCCCAGCACAUUACUCGCACAACCCACCUACCCUCUCUUAUUUCCCCAUCAACUCGUUUACCCUCCCACCCAGCCACCCCUCACCCUUACCAUGAAUAACUCCUCAGCAACCAGAGCGAAGGAGAAACGUGGUCUCUUUCCCUUAGCAGUAGAGGGAAGGGAUCUCUCAGCCCUAACAGCGGUGGCUGUUGAUAGACGAGGUCUCCCGACCAUGGCAGCAGGGGCUGUGGUGACAGGGCAACAGCGCUUCAUGGAAGGCCUCCAGACUCCAUUUGACCUCAAGCUGACCGACCAACCAGGAGACCCGGGACUCAGGAUGGUCAUUAUCGAUGGGAGCAACGUUGCCAUGAGUCACGGGCUGGGCCAUUUCUUUUCAUGCCGAGGCAUCGCCCUGGCCGUGCAACACUUCUGGAACCGCGGGCAUCGCAGAAUCAGUACCUUCCUGCCCCAGUGGAGGCAGAAGAGAGACUACCGGGGCAAAGAGCAGCACUACCUUAGUGAGCUCCAGAACCUGGGUCUGCUCUCCUACACCCCCUCCAGAGAAGUCCAAGGGAAGAGGAUCAACUCAUACGACGACAGGUUCAUGCUGCAGCUGGCCCAGAAGACGGAUGGAGUGAUUGUGACAAACGACAACCUCAGAGACCUGCUGGAUGAGUCUCAUGUAUGGAGAGAAAUCAUCAAGAAAAGACUCCUCCAAUACACGUUUGUGGGGGAUCACUUUAUGGUACCGGAUGAUCCGCUGGGUCGAGGAGGACCCCACCUAGAUGACUUCCUACACUCCCAGCACAGGCCUCCUGUACCAGGCAGUCAUUCAUUUGCAGGCGUGGCAUCCUCCUUCCACUCUCCCCAAGCUCCAAGGGCCCAGACAGAGGUCCUUCAUUUCCGUGACUGGACACCAGGGAUCGUUGUGGAGCCAGAGCCCAGCCAGGCCAGGGGGAAUGGCCAGGCUAGGGCUGGACGCGGUGUCCCAGGGAUGGGCCUUGGUCUGGGCCUGGGGGUGAAGAGGAGUGCAGAAGAGACCUCCAGGCUUAGGGAGAGCCUAUCCCAGGUGUUCCCAGGACAGGAUAGCAUGGUUACUCUGGUGCUGCAGUGUAAUCCUACAGUGACUGACAUCAAUUCACUGUCACACUUUAUACUGGAGCAGGGGGGUGUAGACUGAGAGUAGUGUGUGUGUGUGUGUGUGUGUGUGUGUGUGUGUGUGUGUGUGUGUGUGUGUGUGUGUGUGUGUGUGUGUGUGUGUGUGUGUGUGUGUGUGUGUGUGUGUGUGUGUGUGUGUGUGUGUGUGUGUGUGUGUGUGUGUGUGUGUGUUCCAGAGAAAGAUGUAUUAAUGUAUUUUAUUUAAAUGUUUGAUUGAUAAGUCUCAGUUCAAAGACCGACGGGGCUAAAAAAUUAUGUUUCUUAAUCUAUUUUUAUCGAAUUAAGUUUGAAAACAGGACCAAAAAUCAAACCAAUACUAAUAAAUGUAUUAAUGCGCAACUUUCCCUUGGGUUUUUAUAAUUGCACUGUUUAAUCUUUGCAGUGUGAUACAAAACGUGGUUCCGGUAUGCUUUACGACCAUGCAAAAGCCUCAGAGAGGUCGGGUAGGCUGUUUUCUGGUUUCAGCUAGCUGGAUUUCGUUCCGCACAGACAACACAGAGCAUGCAGACAGCAUGUAUGAAGGCAAAGCUUCUGAAAGGCUGGCAUAUAGGACCAGCACAAGAGAGAUGAUCAGAGGCAGCUUCUGUCUGUGUUGCACUUUUUGUCAGAGUUGUAAAAACAAGCAGAACAGAAACUGUCUGCUCCUUAGUUGACUGAUCUAGCUGGCAAGGUAACUGCUGUUUGACAGAAAUAAUAAUAUUCUCAGUGCAGCUAGUAGUGUAACAUUAGCAUUAACAUUACAUUAGCUAAUGUUUCAUCACCUCUUGACUGAAGUGAAUGAACUGCUAGCAGCUAGUUAGCUCGCUAGUAGCUACCACAGCCAGUUCAGCUCUAGCUAGCCUCUAGCUAUCUGUCAGGUAGCAGUAUCUAACAGCUGUUGUUUGGAAAUGUUUUGUAGCUUUUGUUAUGUCCCGUUUCAACAGAAGUGCAUUCAAUUAUAUACUAUUGUACCAUUAGUUAGCAGAGCUAGCCAAAAGUUGGCUAACGUUAGCUAGCUAGCUUUAUUUUGCCUAAAUCACAGUAGACUUGAAUCAACCGAUGAAACCAACGGCCAAAUGAUUGACGACAGAUAUUGUGAUGUUUUUUCAGCGCAUUGUAUGUUUUUAUUAGUCAGUACAGCAAUGUAACGUUAUUGAUCUGUCAGUUUCCCUAGCUAAUUCCCUACUUUUCACACUGACACGGUAUAAACAGCUCUACAGGCUGCACUGUCAUGGUGCACAGUCACUACACAAUACUAUGCUCAUCAUGUCUUAGCUGGAUCAGAUGGUGACAGUGUCAGACAGCCAUGGAAGACUAGUCUAGAGAUCUCAGGUGAAUUUUGAAGUAUUUUAUAACAAUCAGUGAAUAAAUAUAGUUCCAUCUUGAGUUGAUGGGUAGGCUAGUCUGCGAUCUGGGAAUAAUGGUCAUUUCAAUUGUUUAACCAUUGAUUCUAUUCCUGGUAUAUAUAAUGUAUAAAUGUACCCCAAUGUAAUUCUUUGUCAUGCCUCAUCUGAGCGGGAUCAGAUGGUGACAAGGGUCUCAUCAGGGUCGGGUAGCCAGGAAGACCAGUCUGUGACUGAGCUGAGGUGAUUUUUGCAGAUACAGGACUUUAUUUUCUCUGUGCAGCAAACACUGGACAAGCAAGACGCUUCAAAGAAUGAAACUAUUUUAAGACAGUCUGACAAGCCUUUAAAGUUGAUUACCAAACUGUAUCAAGUGUUGAUAGAGGCUUUUCCCAAUGACACAAAACAUGUAAAACAAAAAUGUGAGGAAGCCUUAGAGACGCUAUUGAUGAUGCUGACUGGAUACAGAUAUGUUAGAAUGCUCAGUCAUGUUCAUUUAAUUUCGGACAUAAAUUACUGCACUUUAAGACCAUCCGUAGAACGUACUAUAUGCCAAUGAAACUGAAUAUCAUGCACUCAGAAAUGUAAUUAUUCUGCUGGAGGUGUGAAAUACAAAAGGGGACAUAUUUGCUUAUGUUAUGGUCUUGUGAAGGCUGGCUGAAAUCUGGCAAAGAGUAUGUUCUUUUAUCUCAGGAUGUCUACAGAUUCUCCCUUCCCCUUGUUUUUGUUUGCUUGGAAAUGUUGAUACUGGAGACUACUGUCAGAAGAAACUGUAACCUAGCAUUUAUAGUGGUUAUAGUGGUUAAAUGCUUUGCCAUUCAUUGGAAGGUUGGUUAUCCUCCUAAAAUGGAUGGAAGAAAUGUAAAGUUAUGUAUCACUAGAUUGGAUUUAUUAAAAAUUAAGGGUAUACUGUGCAACUUUCAUAAGGUCUGGAUGCCUUAUAUGAAAACUGUACGACAAAACGUGUCUGUAUUGAAACAUGCCCACGUCAAGGGAGAUACCUAUUUAAGUAAUCCCUAGCUGCUGGGCUGCUCAGUCCUGGCCCUGGGGGUCUGCCGUAAUGUUGGUUGUCACUCUGGCCUUGGACUAACAUAGCUGAAACCUAUAAUGAAUGUUUCCUAAAGCUGAGUGGAGUGUGUUGGUUUGGGGCGUAGCAGGAUGGUGGACCCCUAGGGGCAGGACCGGGUGACCCAGCUAUAUUGUGUGCAAGUAAAAAGAGCUCGACAUCACUAUUAGACCUUCUUUUUUUUUUACUGGGCAAGUCAGUUAAGAACAAAUUCAUAUUUACAAUGAUGGUGAACUCCAGCCAAACCCAGACUACACCCUAUGGGACUCCCAGUCACAGCCACAUGUGAUAUAACCUGGAUUUGAACCAGGUGCUCUAGUGACACAUCUUGCACUGAGAUGCAGUGCCUUAGACCGCUACGCCACUCGUGAGACCUAUGAGACUAAUUAUAUGAAGGAUGUACUGUUAAUGUGUAGGUGUGUUUUUAUAAAACGUUUGUUUUCCAAACCUUUCCUUGAGACAUAAAAAACAAAGAUGGGAAGGAAGUUGUGUUGGGGAGAGAGUUGAGUUAUUUACUAGACUGGUGAGGGUGGGAUGUAUAGGUACCUCGGUCUGGCUGACAUUUGAUGUAGAGGAUGUCUUAAUGAAGACAAUCAAAAGUCUUGAUACAAAUAAAGUAAGAGUAGUUCAUUUGUUAGUCUAUUGGUUAAAGGUGCAGCACAAUAUUGAUUAUUUCAUUAUCAUUGUUCUAAUUCAGUCUUACAAAUCUCUUAAACAUAUUUAAUAACAAUCUUUUACCUAGCUUGAUGACUGGGCAUUUUUGCUUACUUUAUGUUGUUCUAAACAGAUAUGGCUAGAAGGGCCAUGGGUCAUAUUAGAUUGUGUAGAAAUGCAGGAAAUUUGCUUUAGAUGCCCCCAAAAAUGAGAGGACCCCCAGACCCCCCACCAACUUAUGCCCCUGCCUAAGGAUAUUACUCCAAAAAUAUUUUGUACCUUAUUAUUUUAAUGCUUCUGGCCACUGUUGUAUUUUGUGGAUGUGAUGACUAGUGUUGCUAAAUUCAAUGUACUUUGCUUUUAUUUAUUAAACAUAAUAUUACAGUA